ACAAAACUCCUUCAACUCAUACUCCCCGGAUCAGUUUUCGCUGCCCUUAAAUAUCCUAUCUUCACAAUCAAGGAGACAUGGGGGGCAGAUCAGCUACUAAGACAGCUUAUUUCGAGAAGCUGAAGAACCUUCUCGAUGAAUACAAGUCGGUGUUCAUUGUCAGUGUUGACAAUGUCAGCUCCCAGCAGAUGCACGAAAUCCGUCUGAGCCUUCGCGGCGAGGCCGUUGUGCUCAUGGGAAAGAACACUAUGGUUCGCCGUGCUCUUAAGGGAUUUAUCGUCGAUAACCCAGAAUAUGAGCGAUUGUUGCCUCACGUCAAGGGCAAUGUCGGCUUUAUCUUCACAAACGCUGACCUGAAGGAGGUCCGCACCAAGAUCUUGGCCAACAGAGUUGCUGCUCCAGCUCGUGCCGGUGCUAUCGCUCCCGCCGAUGUCUGGGUUCCUGCUGGUAACACCGGUAUGGAACCCGGUAAGACUUCCUUCUUCCAGGCUUUGGGUGUCCCCACCAAGAUUGCUCGUGGUACCAUUGAAAUCACGACCGAUCUUAAGCUCGUUGAGGUUGGCGGCAAAGUCGGUCCUUCCGAGGCGACCCUUCUCAACAUGUUGAACAUCUCUCCGUUCACGUACGGUAUGACUGUUGCUCAGAUUUACGACGACGGCCAGACCUUCAGCCCUGCUGUCUUGGAUAUUGAGGAGGAGCAGCUCAUCGCUUCUCUCCAAUCUGCCAUUAAAACCAUCACCACCAUCUCUUUGGCUGUUAACUUCCCCACCUUGCCAUCCGUUAUGCACUCUCUUGUCAACGGUUACAAGAAGGCUUUGGCUAUUGCUGUUGAGACUGAUUACAGCUGGAGCGAGAUUGAGGAACUCAAAGAUCGCAUUGCCAACCCCGAUGCCUAUGCCGUUGCUGCCCCAACUGGCCCGGCUGAGACCAAGGGUGAGGAGAAGGCAGCUGCCAAGGAAGAAGAAGAAGAGGAAGAGAGUGAAGAGGAUGGAGGAUUCGGUGGUCUCUUCGAUUAAAUACAAAUUGGGGCUCUGUGUUGCGGGAUGCCUGAAAAAUAGCAUACGCUAUGUGAUAUCUCGUAGCGGAAAAAUAAUGAUUCUACCGCUUCAAACAUCAUUCUCAAUUUUCAAGUGCUGCCAUCUAACCGGGUAGCGCACAACUUUCGCUAAACAUUUAUUGUAGGUCAACACGUUGCACUGUUGUAGGUUGCGUAGUAAGUCUAGCUGCCAAGUGGCAUAUCAUUUUCUAUCAGAUAGAUAUGAACACGUUGCUUGCAGAACA